UUCAUCAUCAAACCACAACAAGGAGCCGAGCGGGCGAACGGAGCAAUGAGGAGGGCAUAUGGAGCGUGACUCCACAGAUGGACCCGCUGUGUAAUGGAGCCAAGAAACCAGAGGGCGCCGAUCCCGUCGCAGACCCGAGGCCCCCUCCGGCCAAGAUGGCCCGUCUGGAACAACCCGGAGCUGGAUGCUCGGUGCAGGAGAGGAACAAGCAAGGGAGCCCCGGGACUAAAAACCCUUAUCUGCUCCAGAAAGCCACCACGGGACGGCAUCAGCACAAGAGCUCUCAUCAGUCAAGAGGAAGCUCCCUGCCCGUUUUCUGCGUGGUGGAGCACACGGAAAGUCCAGUGGAGGGAGAGAGGAAAGAAGAACACGCCGAAUUUGUUCUGAUCAAGCGAGAUCUGCUCUUCAAUCAGCUGAUCGAGAUGGCGCUGCUCACAUUGGGCUACUCACACUGCUCUGCUGCUCAGGCCAAAGGUUUGAUCCAGGUGGGCAGGUGGAACCCGCUGCCCCUUUCCAGCGUCACGGACGCUCCGGAUGCCACAGUGGCCGAGAUGCUGCAGGAUGUCCACCACGUUAUCACGCUUAAAAUACAGCUGCAAAGCUGCCCCAAACUGGAGGACUUGCCAGCCGAGCAGUGGACGCACUCGACCGUUCGGAACUCGUUGAAGGAACUCCUCAAGGACAUGAACCAGAGUUCAUUGGCCAAGGAGUGUCCUCUGUCGCAGAGCAUGAUCUCAUCCAUAGUUAAUUGCACCUACUACGCCAACGUUUCAACCGCCAAAUGUCAGGAGUUUGGGCGAUGGUACAAAAACUUCAAGACAUCCAAGUGCAACAAGAUUGACAGCUUCCCAGAGCAGUCAUCGCAUAUUCCCACCACUCAGCAGCCAAUCAGCAGCAGUGCAUCAGAUCAGAGCUCCAACCUUCUUUACCUCCAUGGCGGCAUGGCCAACAUGGUGACCGGAAACUCCCCUCACAGUAUUUGCAACUCCGGGUUGCUAACGCAGACUCUGAACAGAUCUCAGCAACAAGUCAUGACUCAAAUUCUGAACCAGCAGUACGCCGUGCGGCUCAUGCUAGCAGGACAGGGGCUCUCACCGGCGUCUCAACAGUAUCUCAACCACCCGUCGGUGGGGAGGUCUCCUGCCAAGGUCUUGGCCAAAGCGCCUGAUCCCCAACCCCCUCAGCAGGCCCAAUGCGGUCCAGAUGGAUCUCCUCCAGCCGGGCUGCAACACCAGACGGCGGCUGCGUCGUGUCUGGGCUUGGUCGAUGUGCCCAACGACAUCUACCACUGUGUCCGUGAGGAGAUGAAGAGGGCUGGAAUUUCUCAAGCCAUUUUUGCUCGAGUGGCUUUUAACAGGACUCAGGGCCUGCUCUCGGAGAUUCUACGAAAGGAGGAGGACCCGAAAAACGCCUCCCAGUCCCUCCUGGUCAACCUGCGGGCCAUGCACGGCUUCCUGCAGCUGCCCGAGGCGGAACGAGAACGCUUCUACCAGGAGGAGAAAGAGCGGAGCCUGACUGGAUUCACACCGAGCUGCAACAACACUCCACCGAGAUGCACUCAGGCCCGACUGUCGCCAGUCACAACAGACAGAAGCGUGAGGACAGACAGCUGCAUUCUCAACGUCAGCUCGUCGAUCUACGAAGAGAUUCAGCACGAAAUGAGGCGAGCCAAGGUGUCUCAGGCUUUGUUCGCAAAAGUGGCUGCGUCCAAGAGUCAGGGCUGGCUGUGCGAGCUGCUUCGUUGGAAGGAAGAUCCCAGCCCGGAGAACCGCACCCUGUGGGAUAACUUGUGCAUGAUCCGCCGUUUCCUCAGCCUGCCGCAGACGGAACGAGAUGCAAUUUACGAACAGGAGAGCAUAAACACCCCUGCGCAGAACCUCACCGAGAGACGCGCACUGUUCGGCAAUGAAAAUGUACUGUAUCAGCGGAACGUUCCGCUGUCUCAUCAACACCAUCUACAACCCCACCAACCUUUGCAUCCGGAAGCGGGACCUCACUCGUCUCCACGGCAACCGUGCACCGCAUCCCCCGCCGAACUGGAGACCGGGAGCAACUGGGGGGUGUCGGGUGUCGCCGUGCAGGGCCAGAGCAGUAGCAAUGGUGAGGACUCAGCCGAGGGAGGAGGUGAAGAAGACAACGGAAGUUUGGGCGCGGAAUGGAAUUAUUUUAUGAAAGGAAAUAACGUUGGAAGCAACGAGAAGGUGAGUGAAGUAGACGAAGGCGGAGAAAGUAUAAAGGAUGCAACAGCUCAGGAAAAGCUUCAAGUGGAUUGGCCUAUUUUGAAGAAUGAAGACGGUGAUGGCUUUGGGAUUUGUGCGCAGGCAGGGAAUGAAGGUGAAGUCCAACGUACGGGAUUACGAGUGUCCAAUGAAGCCUUGGGGAUUUUGCAGAGCUUCAUCCAGGAUGUGGGCCUGAACCCGGACGAGGAGGCGGUCCACACCCUGUCGGCUCAGCUGGACCUGCCCAAACACAUCAUCCGUAGCUUCUUCAGCAGCCAAGACCUCACGCCGGGUCGAGCCCACGAGCAGCGUCAGUGCUGCAGUCAGGUCCUAAAACACAGACAAGAGAGCCGCCGUGAAUGCACGGACGGGACCGCGUCCGGCAAAAGAACCGAGCAGCACGGGGAGCUAAAAAGUCAAACGGGAGAAAUUGACGAGGAGAAAAGACUCGCGAAAAUGAGGAGCGACACCAUGAGCAUUAUAACCUUGAAAGGGUUGGAUAUGAGUACGCAAACCAGUUUCACAAUGAAGGAAGAACAUGAGAGCUACAAUAUAUCAAACCAUAAUAUUAAGCCAUAA